GACAAAUUCGGUCAGAGAGAGGGGUCAAGUUGUUGAAACACAAAUCUGGAAACAUGGCGGAGCCCACAGAAUCUUCGGGAACCACUGCUAAAGAUCUCAUCAAUGUUGUCGUUAAGACACCGAAAGACAAAGAAACAAUAGAAAUCAAGCCUGAUGCUACAAUUAAACAGCUUAAAGAUGAAAUCUCCAAGAAGUUCAGUGCUACCGUUGAGCAAUUAUGUCUCAUCUUUGCAGGCAAGAUACUCAAAGAUAAUGAUACCCUGGAACAGAAUAACAUUAAAGACAACAUGGUUGUGCAUCUGGUGAUUAGGUCUAAGAAGGAUCAACCUGGUUCAAGCACAGCAACUUCUAGUAAUCCCGCCUCACCCUCCAACCCCUCCUCCUCAUCGACUACCGCCCCAUCAUCGACCCCAUCCACUAAUGCUCCUGGUGGCAAUCCGUUCUUUGGUGGUCUUGGAGGGCUUGGAGGAAUGGGUCUAGGGAACUUGGCUAAUAUGGGACUAGAUUCAGCUAACUUCGCAGAGAUGCAGCAACAAAUGCAACAACAGUUGGUGAACAAUCCAGACAUGAUGAGGCAAGUAUUGGAUAAUCCCAUAGUUCAAAACAUGAUGCAGAAUCCGGAUAUAUUCAGGAAUCUUGUUCUCAACAAUCCUCAGAUGCAACAGAUCAUGGAGCGAAACCCUGAGGUAUCACACAUGCUGAACAACCCGGAAGUGCUUCGUCAAACCAUGGAGCUCGCUCGUAACCCUGCUAUGAUGCAGGAGAUGAUGAGAUCACAAGACAGAGCACUCAUCAAUCUAGAGAAUAUACCUGGUGGUUACAAUGCACUACGGAGGAUGUAUACAGACAUUCAAGAACCCAUGUUGAAUGCUGCUCAAGAACAACUAGGAGGAAACCCCUUUGCAGCUUUGGCAAACAGUACCUCAACCUCCCAACAGGGGGUGGAGAACACAGAACCUCUCCCUAACCCCUGGGCACCGCCCUCGCAAAGGACCUCAUCCUCGACCACCACGUCAAACACCACAUCAACCAGCAGUACAUCCAGUACCACAUCACCCGGUCUAACUGGAAUUCAACCAGGUGCUAAUAUUUACAACAGUCCUGGGCUACAGAGCCUGAUGCAGCAGAUUCAGAGCAACCCAGCACUGAUGCAGAACAUGGUGCAAGCUCCUUACAUGCAAUCUGUGGUGAGAUCUAUGGUCGAGAACCCAGAUAUGGCAGCACAGGUAAUGAGGAACAAUCCACUGUUUUCUGGUAACCCGCAGCUUCAAGAACAAAUGACGAGGAUGCUGCCAGCUUUCCUCCAGCAAAUGCAAAAUCCUGACGUGCAGCAUGCUUUGACGAACCCUAGGGCUAUGCAAGCCAUCAUGCAGAUACAACAAGGCAUGCAACAACUAGCUACAGAGGCCCCAGGAUUGCUACCUGGCAUGACUGGAGCUGGACUUGGUACCACUCCGUCUGCCUCGACAGGUUCGACCGCUGCCACCACAACGGCUGCUUCAACCACCUCUCCAUCCACCCCAUCCACCACAACGCCAUCAACACCUGCAGGUACGACGACCAGUACCACCACACCAGGUGCACCUCCCAGUCUAAGUGGGUUACCUCCGGUUGGUGAGCCUCAGUUCAAUCAGCUCAUGACUCAGAUGUUACAAGCUCUUGGAACGGGCGGACAGCAAGCUCAGCCACCAGAAGUUAGGUUCCAGGCCCAGCUCCAGCAGCUUUCCUCGAUGGGGUUUGUCGAUCGUGAGGCCAACAUCCGAGCGCUGACGGCCACAGGGGGCGACGUAACUGCAGCCAUCGACAGACUUCUUGCAAGAUGACCGCCUUGAUUCAACAUUUCAGCUCAAAUAUGAUCCUUGCAAUCAAAGUUUGGAGGUACUGAUUUAAUGAUAUUGAUCCCAUACUAGCAUCAGAGUCUCCAGAUAGCAUCAGAUGAAUACACAGAACCUAACAUUGUGUAUUAACACAUUUGUAUAAUAUAAAUCGAUUGAUAAAGAAGUAAAUUAAAAGAAAGAGGAAUAGAAAAGAAGAGAGCAUAAAUUCAAUCCAAGCAAGACCCCACUGGUAAUUUAUGAUAUGAUUCAUACACCUCGUUAAUAUGUGUAUAUAUUUCUCUUUUCGUGAAAGAAAUAUGAAUAGAUUCCCAUAGUUGUAAUAUUCAUUGUUACGUCAUGAUUGGUAUUGUAAUGAUGAAACUCGUUAGAACCGUUUCUGCAAGCCAUUGCCUUAAAAUACUUUGCUCUGUGCAUUUAAUUUAAUAUGUAAUGUGUAUUUUCAGUGAUUGUAUAAUGUGCCCUUUCAGAUUUGUAUAUCAUAUAGAGUGACUGAUAAAGUUAAUCCGACAUGUUUUUUAAUGUUACAUAGUUUCACAAUCCUCAAUUAUUUAUGUGUGUGGGCAAAUUGAGAAAAUGAUGAAUCAGGGCUUCGCUUCCCGAAGCUGUUUUAAAGUUAUAUUACAUGUGAACUGAAGUACAAGCAACUGGUAGAUAAUGAGCCUAAGGUUUUACUGACAUUUUUUUUUUCGACAUAAGUUAAAUCAUAUUCUGAACAUUUCCUUAAAAACUGUGACAGAAAAAUUCUUUACACUUAAAUGUAUCUCUGCACUGCUUCUCAGCAUCCGCGUGAUGUAAUUAGAUUGUAGAAACCUAAAUGGAAAUUUUUUCUCAGUCAUUUGUAAAGUUGUGCAUAACAUUACAAAAAUACUCUUUGGGUCACAGAGAAUGCUUGAAUAUGAAGUAUAGGAUUUAAUGAGAUGGUUUUAAUGAAUAUUCCAUGUUUUAUAAUAUCUUAUUACAUUUCAUUUAUACUGUGAAAGAGAUAGAGAGAAGGAAACAAAUAACGGCAAAUUAUUGCAGACAUGUGAAUUCCCUGAGGUAUUAGGAGCUAUGAAAGAGGACAGGAGUGCAAGAAGUGAUCAGAAAAGGAUCGUUUUUAAUUAGGUUUCAAAUAUAGACAGAUUUUCUUUCUGUAGGUGUAUUUCAGUUGGCAUGAGACAUGUACUUGAUUACAGCUUGCAAGAGAAAUGUAAAUGAUGUCAGUAUUCAUUCUUAUAUUAUGGUAAGGCAAAGGUUGGUUAAAAACAUGGUAUUUCCUUUAGGUUUUUCUGCUAAUGGAGUGUUUCAGCUUUAUCUAUAUUCUAUUCUGGUUUUAAGGUAUUAAUGCUCUUCUUGUUUACACACAAAGUUUUAGGUAUUUCUAUAUAAACCAAAUCCUCAUCCUUUUUAGCAUUAUAUUCUGCAACAUACUUUAUCAUAUACGGUUUGAGCAUCGAGCAUGGUCAGAAUAUAUAUAGCAUUAAAUGUACACUUAGAUAUUGACUAUUCACGUGAUAUUGCCCCCCCCCCCCAUAAUGGCUAUGCUUGUCCUUUUCAUUCAUUGCAGAUUAAAAUAACACACAAUUUCAAUUUAAUGUCAGAACUUAAGUCAUUUUGUGUUAGUAGUCAAAUUUGUUGUAAAAUUUUUCCUCUUAAUAGUUUAGAAUUAUGUUUAUCUUGCCUUUAUUGGGCUUUAUCACACUUGUUUACAUGAUGUACACAUACACCAGGGCUCGACAUUAGCAGUGGCCCGGGGCAACCUAAAUUGUGAGUCGGGCAACCAACAUUUUUUUUGAAAGCCCACACUUGCUGGCCCAGUCAGGCUACCAAAGUUUUGAUAAAUUGUAUUGUUUUCUGUCGUUUUAAGGCUACCAAAUUUGCAAUGCAGGCCAAUAAAAUUAUGAAAUUGAUGACUUUGUGGACCGAUUAGGACACCAAGAAAAAAAUGGUAGUGUGGAGCCUUGCAUAUACACAUCUGAAAAUGUUUUAAACAAAGUAUAGUGGCUGGGCAUCUGCCAAGGACACAGUGUAUAAAAAGGUCAUUAUGACAUCACCCACCUUACACAAAUUAUGAUGUACCUGUAUACUGUGAUCAUGCAUGCUAUUACCCAGAUGACAUGCAUCAUAUAUGUGCUUUGGCACUACUGAUAUCAUUUGCAUACAUAGAUGUCAAUGGUAUUUUAUCAUUUUCCCCCUCAUAGUAUAUCUAUGCUGUAUUAUUAAUGAUGGGAUUAUAUUCUAUCCUGUCAGCUACAAUGAUUAUGUUUCUUGAAAAUUCGCAUGAAUAUUCAUGGAAGGCAGAUAAGAGGACUGUAGUCGGUUAAUUAGGUUUUAGGUUAGUUAAUAUUGAAUUGGCUGUUUGAGUUGUUUACAUCAUUGAUGUUCCUUGCAAAAAAAAAGAUUUGCUACUGUAAACUUAUUUUUACCAUUCCCUUUUUUGCAUUUUAUGAAAAAUUAUAUAGAAUUUAUAAUUUUGUUUUUGGAAUCUUUAGUUUUAAUGAUGGUGCCCCUUUUUUCAAAGGGGAGUUCAUAUUGAAUCCAUGGUAUUGACUUAUGAUAAUUACAUUUUCACUAUAUUCACUAGUAUUUUGGGAUGAAAUCGUAUGCUGUUGUAGUUUCUCCAGCGUUAAUAAGCAUGGUCAGGUUUUAACUCUUUAUUAUUUCUUUUUCAAUGGAAUAAUGAUCAUGCUAUUUGACAUGUCCUUGUGAAGUUGAUUAUUUUAGUAAUUAGUCUUUGUCUUACACCAAGUGAUAUCAUGUGUGGUGUUGAAGGCUGGUGUUAAUAUUUGGGCCUAAAGAUUGGCUCUCAGCCUUAAUAAGGACUGGUGUUAGGAUGAACACCUCUCAGUGUUGAGUUCUGCAGACUGAUUCAAAAGCUCAUCUCUAAUAACCCAAAACCAAACACCGUACAGUGUACUUGAAAUCACCAAAAGUUUACUGCAGCCGUAAUACUAAUUCUGCUUGUAUGUCGUUUUGACUCUUGUUUAUUUUACCAUGCACAUUCUCUAUUUAUCCUACAAUAUUCCUUUCAUUGUUUACAUUAUAUUGCAUUGAGUCCUAGUUUAUUAAUAUGCAUCCAUUCUUUUUUUUAUUACUAUAAGUAAUUUGAUCACAUUUUGUAGAUUUUUUUUUAAUUCCUUCUUGAAUUUUGUAAAUUCCUUUUGAUAACCUUAUGUAGUUUAGCAUCAGCAAAUCUUGUCAUUUGU